CAACGUUGGCAUCUUAGAAUUCACAAACAACGAGCCCACAUCCACUGGUUCUUGAUGGUUGGAAAUCACCACGUACUCUCAAAGACUUGUUCUUUCAUCCCGCACGCGAGCCCAGAAUUAUCUAUCUAUCUGAAUCUGAGGUCUGAACAUGAAGCUGUUCCUUACUUCUUCUUCUUCUUCUUCUUCAUUCUGGGUUUCCUUGAGAAAUUCCAAAAAAAAUCAAUUCAAACCUCAUCAAUUCAGAACCAAGAAGCUGUCCUGUAGGUGUGGAGUUUGGAGUUCAAUAAUAAUAUCCCCUCCACCGCCUGACUUCGACUUCAGAACACAAAUUCUGGGCGAUUCUCGGGCCACCAUAGCCGAAACUCAACCUGAGUUGCUAGACUUGGCUGAUAAUGGAAGCUUGGUUGUGAUCAGCAAGAGGCAGUAUGGGGCGGUUCCACCUUGGCGCACUGAGUUUGUGGAGCCUGACGCCAUUUGGCUGAUUGGAACAACACACACUUCUCAGGAUUCCGCGCUUGAUGUUGAGAGGGUUAUUCGUGCUGUCAGGCCUGACAAUGUUGUUGUGGAGCUCUGCAGAAGCAGAGCCGGGAUCAUGUACACUGGUGAUGUUAAUCAGCCCUUGAAAUCAAACAUGUUUUCUAUGAGUGGGAAUGGGUUCUUUGGCGCUGUUGGUCGUAGCAUAAACUUGGGGGGGCAGACUGCUCUAGCAUUGCGUCUCUUGUUGGCAUUUUUCUCCUCAAAACUCUCAUCAAAUGUUAAUCGUCCCUUUGGUGAUGAGUUUCGUGCUGCUCGAAAGGUUUCUGAGGAAAUUGGUGCUCAAAUAGUAUUGGGAGAUCGACCCAUAGAGAUUACACUUGAACGUGCAUGGAAUUCAUUGAAGUUGAAGGAGAAAUUUGGAUUGGUUUCCUCUGUUGUCCGUGGAAUAACAUCUUCAUCCUCUGAUCUCGACAUCAAAACUUUGCAGGAAUGGAGCUCCAAGAACAACAACACUUUCCAGCUUUAUGAGCAAUUAAGCUUCUCAUAUCCCUCACUCCUGCAGCCCCUCAUACACGAGCGUGAUACAUAUCUUGCUUGGUCCUUGAAGAGGAGCAAAGCAGUGAAUAGGAGUAAGAAGGUGGUGGGAGUGAUAGGCAAUGGGCACAUGAACGGGGUCAUAUAUUCACUCAUGUCUGACCAAGGCAACCUGCGCUUUCGCGACCUCGUUGGCGUCCGCACUGCACCUCAGAACCAAUAUGCUUGGGUUAAUACCAUUUUCAACAACUUGUUGAGAGACACUGUAAUUGGUAUCAUAUUAUGGUUCUUCUUUCAGCACUUCAACCUAAAACUAUAGUUUUUUUUUUCCUCAACAAAUCUGAUUGGAUUGUGAUCGAUUAUAUA